GAAAGGAAACCAACCCGCCGAUCUCUUUGUUCAAAGUAUUGGGUGGGAAUUUCAUCAGAAAAUGUUGGCUUUUUCAAUCAUUCUGUCAAUUGUUCAUUUUCACGUGCUGAUCGAAAUGCAUGAGAUAUAUGAUUUCCCGAAGCCGCGUGUGUCUCUGAAUCCAUCAUAUGAGGUGUUUUUGGAAGGAGAGACGACAGUGGUGAAGUGUAGCUGUCAAUGUCCAGUCACAAGGAUACACUGUUGCUACAGUCACUAUCUCGAGCACAGUGAAAUAAAUCUUCCUGAAGGACAAUGUGAAACAUCUUUAGAAUUAAAACUCCUAACGAGAGGUGAAUCAACUUACAAGUGUGAAUGUUUAUUUGCAUUGGCGAAUGGAACAUGGAGAAGAUCAGGAUUCACUGACCCCAUUCAGAUACACGUCAGUGAUCAACUCUCCAAACCAAUUAUUAAAGUGCUGCAAGAUUCCAGAGAUAAUUCAAACAGGGACAAUGUCGUGAUUUCCUGUAAAGGUGAGAUUCGGCCCGGAGAAGGGACAUUCUACUUGAACAACAGUUGGGGACCAGGUUCCAGAGGGCAUCAUCUUGAAGUGACUGGUCGUAAUGAUACCGUGUACUUUACCAUCAAUGCAUUUGAACAUACUUCUGCGGGAAAUUACAGUUGUCGUUAUGAAACAGUGGUAAAUGGAGUUGCCAUCUUUUCCCCAUUCAGUCAGUCAGUUUCAAUCACAGAGAAACGAAAGAUGGAUCGCCCAUCAAAAGGGACCAAGCCAAAAUUAUAUCUGUACAUCGGACUGGGAUGUGCUGCCGUGAUAAUUAUUUUAUUUGUGGUGAUGUGCCUUAUACGUAUCAAGAAAGGUCGAAAUAAACAUCGAAAUGUUCAGAGGACUUCAUCUUCAACAGUUCAAAAUAGACACAGUGAAAACCAUGAUGGCAUUUGUGGCAACGCCAAUUUGAUCUAUUACAACCACACGGGCGAGUAUUCCGAUGUGAACGACAAGAAAUGUGAAGGAGUUACUUAUGCAGUCUUGAACAUGGAUCAUAUGAAUAAAAAUGAAUCGGCCUCAGUCGUCAGGGAGGAGACCUGCGUGUACAUGGACGUGAAAACAUAACAACCUUUGUACUCUCACCUCCACGGUUGCCGUCUAUGUCUGUCAUGUUGCUUGCUGAAACUCAUCCUGUGAAUGAAUUCAACCCACAUCCAACUUCCCAUCCACUGAUACAGCAGUUAUCCUCCCCUGGUUCCCUGAAUCCUCAAAGUCAUUUUGGAGCAUUGCCAGAAUUUGAAAUACAGCAAGAUUCCCCCCGGAGGCCUCAUUCUGCACUCAGAAGAUAGAUCUGGCUAGAGUAUGAGAGAGAGUGAGGUCAGCAAGAUUUUCAUUUCUGGUUCAAGGGAUGUUUGGAAACGUUUCCAUCUCAAUUAGAAAAGUAUAUGCCAAUGACGUCCGGUGCUGCAAAGAUUUAUGUACACCAGAGAAUUAGGGGACUACAGCGUAUGACAAAAAGCUUCCAAGCAAGUGAAAGCAUAUGGAUGCACAAGAAAUACAGAGAAAAAUAAUAGACUGAUAUGUUCCUAAACAAAUAUUUUUAAAAAAGUAGUAAAUGUUAGAAUAUCACACGAACAGGAGUAGGCCAUUCCGGCCCUUCAGCCAGUUCUGCCAGUAAUCUGUUACCCAACUCUGUAGAGCUACCUUUAGUCCCUAAAUCUUUAAUACCUCUGCUUAACAAAAGCGUA